CCCGCUGCAGGGCUUCAUUGGUUUAAUCCAUCUCAAUGUCCGCUCCCGUAAGACCCAAGCUCAAAACUGCCUUCAAAAAGGCGAGGGUCAUCUCACCGCUUUAUACUGGAGGACCUGUAGCAGCGACCCCAGAUGGCCGCAGACUUGUAACCUGCGUGGGGGAAGAAGCCAUCCUUACAAACGUUGAAGAGGGUAACGAGAUAUGCCGAUUCAUUGGAGAUACCGAGUCCAUUACAUCUCUAUGCAUUUCUCCGGCAUCAACACAUCUUCUUCUUUUCACCUCAUCACUCUCGCUUAGGAUUUACGAACUUCCAACUUCCCUAAUCCCUCUUCAAAAGCCGAUACAUCCAGUCCGUGUCAUUGCCCGAGCACACGAUGCCCCUGUGCAUGUCUGUAAAACCGACCCCACGUCGACAUACCUCGCCUCAGGCUCAGCGGAUGGAGUCGCGAAGGUGUGGGACAUACAACGUGGAUAUGUCACACACGUCUUUAAAGGCCAUGGCGGUGUUGUCAGCGCCCUUGCCUUCAACUAUCCUUUCGAUCCAUCUUUCCUUGGACGGGAACAGAAGAUGCAGCUCAUAACGGCAUCUGUGGAUACUCGCAUUCGUAUCUUUGACUUGUCAGCUGCCGCUGCUCGCUCUGGCGCUUCUGCUAAGCCAGAGGCCGUUCUUGAGGGUCAUGUUUCUGUCCCUCGAGGACUGGACGUCACUCGAGAUGGAAAAUGGCUGGUCAGCGGUGGUCGAGACUCAGUUGUUCUGAUCUGGGACAUCUCCCCGAAACCAAACCAAGAUGGAAAAUCUAAAAACAGCAAAGGGAAGGGCAAAGAAAAGGAUGCUGCACCUGUUCUCGUGAAGACUCUCCCUGUCUUGGAACGUGUUGAAGCUGUGGGCUUACUUCCUCAAGAUGAUGGUCUGAACGGAACAAGUUCUGGUGCUGCCAAAUUGCAUAUAUAUACCGGCGGGGAGAAGGGCGUGAUCAAAGUCUGGGAUGCUCGUGCGGGUACUGUCUUGUACACUCUCGGUCAGGAACAGGAUGUUGUGUCAGAUGAUCAGGAAGAACAACGACAGAUCGUCGAUAUCAUCCAUGUUCCCUCUACGUCUACCGUCAUAUCUGUUCACGCAGAUCAAAAUAUUCUCUUCCAUUCGCUGAUCGCUCGCUCGCUGACACGUCAGUUGAUUGGAUACAACGAUGAAAUAGUCGAUGCUACCUUUCUCUCACCUUUCCUUCCGCCACAAGCCCAAUCUGGACCAUCUACGUCGAAACUCGUAGACACGCAUGUCGCUCUUGCCACGAAUUCCUCCCUUAUCCGAGUCUACUCCGCAAAAUCACUUGAUGCUCGCCUACUUUCAGGACAUUCUGAGAUCGUCUUGUGUCUAGAUCACGGCGCACAAGGUCGUGUCCUUGCUAGCGGUAGCAAAGAUCGCUCAGCUCGUAUUUGGGCUCCCUCACAUGCUGCGGUGUCCCUGCAGAACGACCUUUCCGCUCCUUCUGUCCCUGAGUGGAAAUGCGUGGCAGUCUGUGAGGGCCACGCAGAAAGUGUAGGUGCCGUUGCGAUGUCUAGACGUGCAAUGGAAGAUAACCAAUCCAUGCGCUUCAUGUUUACCGGAAGUCAAGACCGUACUAUCAAAAUGUGGGAUCUGUCGUCGGUCCCGAUAUCGGCGACUGACCUAGAUGGUCAAUCCAUGAAAGUAAAAAGUCUAGCGACACACAAAGCGCACGAUAAGGACAUCAACUCUUUAGACGUCGCACCGAACGACAGGUUGCUCGUCUCGGGGUCUCAAGACAAGACCGCCAAGAUCUGGGAAAUCGAAUACCAUGGUUCUGGCAAUGAUUCCUCUCAGACAGUGCGAGGGGAAAUUAAACUAUUGGGUACCUGCAAAGGUCACAAACGAGGGGUUUGGAGCGUCCGUUUCGGAAAGGCCGAACGUGUUUUGGCUACUGGCAGUGGAGACAAGAGUGUGAAGCUCUGGAGUCUCGAUGACUUUACCUGCAUCAAAACGUUUGAGGGACACACGAACUCGGUGCUUAGAGUAGACUUCAUUAACGCUGGCAUGCAACUCGUAAGUGCAGCGAGCGAUGGUCUGGUCAAGUUGUGGAACGUCCGAGAGGAAACAUGCGUUACAACUAUGGAUAACCAUGAAGAUAAGGUAUGGGCGUUGGCAGUCAGCUCUGACGAACGUACCAUAGUCUCUGGAGCAGCGGACUCGGUAGUCACCUUCUGGGAGGACUGCACCGAGGAGCAGGAACAUGAAAAGGAGUCAAAGAGAGCAGAGACAGUUCUGAAAGAGCAAGAUUUCAUGAAUUACCUUGCUCUGAACGACUACCGGAAUGCCAUAUUAUUAGCACUAGCAAUGGAACAGCCUGGUCGUCUCCAUACGCUCUUCAAGAACCUGCCUUCAUCCGAGUCGUUCUCCCCGACCUCUAUCACUGGUCAUCCAGCUGUCGAUGAAGUCCUGCGUACGUUGCCCGGUGCAGACCUUGCUCGCCUCCUCCGUUAUGUCCGAGACUGGAACGCCAAAGCCAAGACUAGCCCAGUUGCCCAACGCGUUCUACACGCUGUUGUGAAGCUGCGUGCAGCAGAAGAUAUCAUGAACGCUUUCACUCAAGAUAACACUUUAUCCGUACUCACCAAUGAUGAGAUGGUUGUGACGACCGGGAAAGCUGGAGACAAGGGUGGCGCUACGGCUUUACGAGAGUUGAUUGAGGCGUUGGUGCCAUAUACUGAGCGUCAUCUCGCGAGAAUGGAGAAGCUCGUACAGGAGAGUUACGUGGUGGACUACCUACUGGGAGAGAUGGAUGAUGGUAUGUUUGGAGUGGAUGAAGACCUGGACGAAGAGGAGGUGGUGGAUGUUAUGGAUGUCGAUACAGCAAUUGCCAUCGGAGCAUGAACAUGUCAUGCGUCUACUUCUUGCCUCAUCAACAUUAUACAUCUCCUGCUCAUCGUCUUUUCAGAUCUCUGGGUUGCAGGUCAGCCAUCGUCUUUGCAGAAUGCCUCACAAUUCUCCACGUACAGAGAUGUAAGUCUUUCUUUUCUACAGCUCUCUCCCUUUCUUCGCUACGACAGUCGAUAUAUUAAGCUCUAGACUCUUCGUGUGUUGUCUAAAGAAACUUGGUCUGCAUGCAAGUGACGCUUCUAUGAUUCGGGUAUAUUUUCGAUCGACUGUCCAUCUCUCCAGACGAUAUCCAAACGAAUCCAAAUAUGCCAUGCAUUAGGUGAAUGUAACCGGUUCUCCAGGGCGUCCUUCUGAGAGGAGCACAAUCGCCUACAGCAAUUAUCAGUUUCCGCGCUCAAGCAGACCGGAGAGGACGCUUACAUAUUUUCCGCUAAUCUUCCACCCAUCCUCUUCUUUAUCCAACUUCUCACCAAGAGUAUCUCCAUCCUUACCAAGACCGAUGACAACAUCACUCUUGAUGGUGCGCAAGCUGCACACUUUGGGCGCUCCACUAGCUGAAGCCAUAGGGCCUAUGGCAACAUCGAAAGGCGUUGCAUAGGGAGCAGCACAAUCGUACGUCAGCUAUACAAACGAGCUUGAAUCAGCUUACUCGAUGGAGGCUACAGUAGUUUCCCUGGCUUACCUUACGAUGGUUCAAGUCACCCUUGAAGACAACUAGGUCUGACUUGGAUAAAUGCAGGAACAGAUCCGGUGCUUCCUUGUGCAAAUCCCAGAAGGUGUAUCCGGUACACCAGAAAGGGUGUUGCUCAUACACCCACUUGCCCUCGUUCUCGUAUUGCUGCAAUACCAUUGUUAGGAUGAAAAGGCGUACGUGUGUACGGAGACUCACUUUCCACCUCAAGCCCAGUCGUUUUAAGGUCUCCUUCUCUUGGUCGGUUGCCAUUGGGAAUAAGUGCCCAUACACCAUGCUAUUCAACAACCAGCUCCAAUCCUUCUUGGUGACGUCGGAGACGAACCACGGAUAACGUUUACCAUGGAAGCGGACUUGUUCAGCGUACCCGUUUUGCAUCAGGAAGUCGGCUACCAUAAGAUAUAAUUAUUUUCUCACAUUCCCACGAUUUUGGCGGUUGACACGCACCAUAGACGCAAUCACAAUACAACUCGAACCCAGC